AUGCAAAGGGAAUCCACUAUACACCUGAUGCUUAGAUUGAGAGGUGGUAUGCAAAUCUUUGUUAAGACCUUGACCGGAAAGACCAUCACUCUUGAAGUCGAAUCCUCUGACACUAUUGACAACGUCAAGUCAAAGAUUCAAGACAAGGAAGGUAUUCCACCAGACCAGCAAAGAUUGAUUUUCGCUGGUAAGCAAUUGGAAGAUGGUAGAACCUUAUCUGACUACAAUAUCCAAAAGGAAUCCACUUUACACUUGGUGCUUAGAUUGAGAGGUGGUAUGCAAAUCUUUGUUAAGACCUUGACCGGAAAGACCAUCACUCUUGAAGUCGAAUCCUCUGACACUAUUGACAACGUCAAGUCAAAGAUUCAAGACAAGGAAGGUAUUCCACCAGACCAGCAAAGAUUGAUUUUCGCUGGUAAGCAAUUGGAAGAUGGUAGAACCUUAUCUGACUACAAUAUCCAAAAGGAAUCCACUUUACACUUGGUGCUUAGAUUGAGAGGUGGUAUGCAAAUCUUUGUUAAGACCUUGACCGGAAAGACCAUCACUCUUGAAGUCGAAUCCUCUGACACUAUUGACAACGUCAAGUCAAAGAUUCAAGACAAGGAAGGUAUUCCACCAGACCAGCAAAGAUUGAUUUUCGCUGGUAAGCAAUUGGAAGAUGGUAGAACCUUAUCUGACUACAAUAUCCAAAAGGAAUCCACUUUGCACUUGGUGCUUAGAUUGAGAGGUGGUAUGCAAAUCUUUGUUAAGACCUUGACCGGAAAGACCAUCACUCUUGAAGUCGAAUCCUCUGACACUAUUGACAACGUCAAGUCAAAGAUUCAAGACAAGGAAGGUAUUCCACCAGACCAACAAAGAUUGAUUUUCGCUGGUAAGCAAUUGGAAGAUGGUAGAACCUUAUCUGACUACAAUAUCCAAAAGGAAUCCACUUUGCACUUGGUGCUUAGAUUGAGAGGUGGUAUGCAAAUCUUUGUUAAGACCUUGACCGGAAAGACCAUCACUCUUGAAGUCGAAUCCUCUGACACUAUUGACAACGUCAAGUCAAAGAUUCAAGACAAGGAAGGUAUUCCACCAGACCAACAAAGAUUGAUUUUCGCUGGUAAGCAAUUGGAAGAUGGUAGAACCUUAUCUGACUACAAUAUCCAAAAGGAAUCCACUUUACACUUGGUGCUUAGAUUGAGAGGUGGUAUGCAAAUCUUUGUUAAGACCUUGACCGGAAAGACCAUCACUCUUGAAGUCGAAUCCUCUGACACUAUUGACAACGUCAAGUCAAAGAUUCAAGACAAGGAAGGUAUUCCACCAGACCAGCAAAGAUUGAUUUUCGCUGGUAAGCAAUUGGAAGAUGGUAGAACCUUAUCUGACUACAAUAUCCAAAAGGAAUCCACUUUACACUUGGUGCUUAGAUUGAGAGGUGGUUUUUAA